CCUGUAGGCCUACAUGCUUGCCCUCUUCACUUAAUGCUCAUGUGCGGUGACUAAUUGCACUGAUGGCACUUAAACGCAGCUUAUCAGGACGCAUUGGGGUUUGGAGGCUGCAGGUGUCAAGUGACAAGGACACGACAUUCAAGCCUUUACCGAUACCUACUUUUAUGCACUAAAUGCAGCUCACUGUGCUUCACAGCGAAACACAAAUAGGCUCAAUAAAUGUAUUGAUUUCAUGAUAGACGUGGCCUUGUUAACAUCCUCCUCCUUAAAACGGAGGCCACUUCCUCUGGCGUCCUGGGGUACAGCAGCUGCAUCACACACCUCGCCACAUCGCUCUGUUGCAACACGGCACACGAUGGCGUUGAUACUGGUCGUGAUAUUCUGCUUACUGAAGAUAUGGAGCAUGCAUUUCAACUUUUUGGCAUAGCCCUUGGGACCUUUUGACAGUCAGUUGAAGCUGUUACCGGCCGCCUUAAGAAUGCCGCACUCACAGAAAUGUUUGACUCGCAGGGGGUGGACUAUUAAACUGUAACGCCGGUCAGCUUGGACGUUUCUCCUCGACAAUUUAGUCUCUCACCCUCAGGAAACAAUUAAUCAGACAUUUGGAAAAAAGCCACCAGUGCAAUAAAAGCAAGUGCCAAACAGAAAACAAACGCGCACUGAAAGCAGGAUUUGUCAGAGAGAGUAACUGCGGAGCUCUUGGGUCUAUUUCGUGGGUGAUGCCCCUCCAGCUGAGACAGGAAUUCCCUCCACAGGUACUGUAGGUGUGUGUGUUUACCAGCUCUAAUGGUAGCAGCUAGAAAACCUCACCUGUGAGAGGAUCGAACCGCCUCAUCAUGACCGAGGUCCAGACUCCAUGGCCGCAGGGCACAGAGUGUGUGGCCAGGUACAGCUUCAAAGGCACAUCAGAACAGGACCUGCCCUUUAACAAAGGAGAUGUGUUGACUAUCAUUGUCGUCACGAAGGAUCCAAACUGGUACAAAGCCAAAAAUUCUGCAGGUCGUGAGGGAACAAUCCCAGCCAACUAUGUUCAGAAAAGGGAAGGUGUAAAAUCUGGAGGCAAGCUGAGUCUAAUGCCUUGGUUCCACGGGAAGAUAACACGGGAUCAGGCAGAGCAGUUGCUUCACCCGCCUGAAACGGGCAUGUUCUUAGUGCGAGAGAGCACCAACUUCCCCGGCGACUACACCCUGUGCGUGAGCUGUGAUGGCAAGGUGGAGCACUACCACAUCAUCUACCACAACGGCAAGCUCACUAUUGAUGAUGAGGGCUAUUUUGAGAACCUCAUGCAGCUGGUAGAGCACUACACCAAAGAUGCAGAUGGCCUGUGCACCAGACUAAUCAAACCAAAAGUGGAGGAGGGGACGGUGGCCGCUCAGGAUGAAUUUUCCAGGAGUGGCUGGUCAAUGAACAGAAAGGACCUCAAACUGCAGCAGGUUAUCGGAAAAGGAGAGUUUGGAGAUGUCAUGGUGGGAGACUACAGAGGGACUAAAGUAGCUGUGAAGUGCAUAAAAAAUGAUGCUACAGCACAGGCUUUUAUCGCCGAGGCUUCUGUCAUGACACAACUACGGCACGAUAACCUGGUGCAGCUGCUUGGAGUGAUUGUAGAGGAAAACGGGAGUCUGUUCAUAGUUACUGAGUACAUGGCCAAGGGCUGUUUGGUUGAUUUCUUACGUUCCAGAGGCCGGACAGUACUUGGUGGUGAAGCUCUCCUUAAUUUUGCACUAGACGUCUGUGAAGCCAUGGCGUACCUGGAAACAAAUAACUUUGUCCACCGAGACUUAGCAGCCCGAAACGUUCUUGUGUCAGAGGACAACAUCGCCAAAGUCAGCGACUUCGGUCUGACCAAGGAGGCCUCUUCCACUCAGGAUACUGCUAAGCUGCCUGUGAAGUGGACAUCCCCAGAGGCCCUCAGAGAAAAGAAAUUUUCCACCAAAUCAGACGUUUGGAGCUACGGUAUUUUGCUUUGGGAGAUUUACUCCUUUGGCCGUGUGCCUUAUCCAAGAAUUCCAUUAAAAGAUGUAGUGCCUAGAGUGGAGAAGGGAUACAAAAUGGACUGUCCAGAUGGUUGUCCUGAGGUGGUGUAUAACAUCAUGAAACAGUGCUGGAACCUGGAUCCUGCUGCUCGACCAAGCUUUCAAAUGCUGAAGGAGUGGCUACAACAUAUCAGCCAAGGGAUGGGAAAAAAACAAUGAGAGAACUGCUUAGGGUUGCAGUGGUAUACCGGUUUCACCGUAUACCAUAGUAUGAAAAUUGAUGGUUAUCAAACCAUGUACAUUUGCUUAUUACUGCUAUUAAAAAAAAAAAAAA